AUGCCAAAGGAAGCGAAGAAGGAGCAGGAGUUCCUCCUGGAGCGAUCGCGUUUGGCUAAAAGAAGAAUAACGUUGAGCACUCUUUAUCUUGGACAUGGGUCUUUGGAGCAAGCCCUGGUUGAUGCUAUUAACACGAACCUGAACCAAAAUAAAGAACUCCAAGUCUCAAUCUUGUUGGAUUGUUUGCGCGGAACACGUGAUGAACGAAAAGGGAAAAGUAGCACAACGCUUCUGAAAGGAAUAGCUGAUAGGGCUUCGGUAUAUCUCUUCCACACACCUAAGCUUGCUGGACUUGUGAAACGAAUCCUGCCUGAAAGGACAAAUGAAAUCGUUGGUCUUCAACACAUGAAGCUUUACAUUUUCGACGACACUGUUCUCGUAAGUGGAGCUAAUCUGUCCGACUCGUAUUUCGUUGAUCGACAGGACAGAUAUGUGGCAUUUGAAGACAACAAGGAGCUGGCUGAUUUCUUCCAUAAUAUCGUCACUGCAGUGGGCGAAUGCUCGUUUCUUCUCAAUAGUGAUGGUUCUCUGAAACUGCAUCCCGCUUGUCCAGUGCACCCUUAUGAAGGAUCCUCUCACGAUUUUCACGCAAUUCUGAAAUCUCGAGUAGAUAAAGUAGUGGCUAAAUUACAAAGUAAGGAGUCCUCAUCAAACUCGUCCGGAGACACCGUCCUGUAUCCACUGUUGCAGAUGGGUCUGUUUGGAUACCACGAAGAAUAUGAACUCUUGAAAAAACUUUUCUCGUCAGAGGACGCUAAUAUGCGCAUAACUUUGGCGUCUGGCUAUUUCAACUGUAUAGAUGAUUAUGAGCAACUAAUAUUUUCGCGGGGCAAAUAUCCCAUGGACAUAAUUACUGCUGCUCCAAAGGCUAACGGCUUCUUUGGUGCAGCAGGUCUGUCUGGCUACGUUCCAUCGAUGUAUUCUUGGGUAUCAUCCAGUGUUUUACGACUGAAAGAAAGGUAUAAGAGAGAUACAGUCAAUCUGUUCGAGUACUGCCGAGAUGGUUGGACAUUCCAUGCCAAAGGCUUGUGGGUAGAAGAACCCAUGCGCACGGCAACGCUCAUUGGUUCAUCUAACUUUGGAUAUCGAUCGGUACAUCGCGAUCUCGAGGCUCAAGUUCUGCUUGUGACUUCAAAUGAACAUUUACGCAGCCAACUUAAAGACGAGCGUACGAGGCUUUUCGACUACGCUUCAACUUUAGAUGGAACUGCCCUCAGGAGAGUUGAUCAUCAUAUUCCAGCUGUCGUUAGGAUAUUAUCACGAUUUGUCAGGAAUUUCUUCUAA